UUAGUCAUAGAUCGGGAUCUUCCAUGUAUACAUAAAAUAUUACUCCUUAAUCGAUCCGGCGAUAAGAAAACUAUUCGAUUCAUCCGCGUACGAUCGUUAGGGUUAACCGCUUCCUGUCGAACAUAAACCGCGAAUAUUUAUAAAUACCGGGUUGAGGUGAUAUUAUCGCGAAAAUGAGUGCCAAGAUGCGCAUGCGCACGCCGUCACCCAAGACCGUUACGUUUGAUCCAUCGCCGCCGACGACGCUGGAAAGAAGAGGCCAAGUGAUGAAAUUUCGAAAUCUGGUCGAAUGGGAACAGUACCUUAACGCUCUUUUGGCGGACCUGCAAAAUACGGUUUCAGGUGGUUCUGGAUACGGGUCGUUAAAUGCUCCACGUGUGCGGCAAUCUCCAGUAAGCGAGACUCCAGUUACUAAAUCUGCCGGAUACGGAGUUAAAACUAGUACCUAUGGCAAAACGCAGCCGUUAUCGGGUACGCGAAGUAACCAAAGUGGCGGGCCUAACCACGUAGAAAAACGACAUUUUAACAAUAACCUUUCGGAAUUGGAUAAUCUACUAGAAGACCUCAGUAAUAGUCGAUACGCGAAUAUGCCUGAAACCAAUGGGACUGCCGCUUCCGCGGUUCAUUUCGACGGCAGCUACAAUGGGUCGGGUGGGCGAAGCCCAGCCAACUAUUCGAGACCUUCGAGUGCCCAAGGAACGCUGAACCGACCUUCGGUUGACAGUUUAUUGGAUGAACUAAAUUCCGGGGAGGUCAUAUAUACAGGUCCCAAAAAGGUUGUGAUUACGGUGAAAGAAACGAAAACUGAAACGGGCUUUCCAGGAGACACGGAGCUGAUUUCCUCCCACGUGACCGCAACUCAGGUCCCCCAAGCGGCGUCUUCAGCAACCAGAGAGUUAGAUGACCUCAUGGCCAGCUUAUCUAACAUAAAGGUAAACCAAGGACCACAGCACCACACGGUUACCGACUCUCAGUACGCGCGUCCCGCCAAGGCAACCCACUCGCAGAGCGCACCCACGCCGAAGAAGGACCUGGAGUCUAUGCUCGGCAACCUUCAAGCAGACAUGAGCCGUCAGGGAGUCAACACGAGUCAGAAAGGAUGCUGCAGCGCGUGCGAAAAACCAAUCGUCGGGCAGGUCAUCACCGCACUGGGUAAAACGUGGCACCCGGAGCACUUCACCUGCGCCCACUGCACCCAGGAGCUGGGCACAAGGAACUUCUUCGAGAGGGACGGCAAACCCUACUGCGAACCAGACUACCACAACCUGUUCAGUCCGAGAUGCGCCUAUUGCAACGGUCCCAUCUUGGACAAAUGCGUCACGGCGUUGGAGAAGACGUGGCACAUGGACCACUUCUUCUGCGCCCAAUGCGGCAAGCAGUUCGGCGAAGAAGGCUUCCACGAGCGGGAAGGCAAACCGUACUGUCGCGAUGAUUACUUCGACAUGUUCGCCCCGAAAUGCGGAGCAUGUAACCGUGCCAUCAUGGAGAAUUACAUUUCCGCCCUCAAUGCGCAAUGGCACCCCGACUGCUUCGUCUGCAGGGAUUGCCGCCAACCGUUUGUAGGAGGGUCGUUUUUCGACCACGAGGGUCAGCCAUACUGCGAAACGCAUUACCACCUCAAACGAGGAUCUCUGUGCGCCGGAUGCCACAAACCCAUAUCGGGGCGUUGCGUUACUGCCAUGUUUAGGAAGUUCCACCCCGAGCACUUCGUCUGCGCUUUUUGCUUGAAACAGUUGAACAAGGGCACAUUCAAGGAACAAAAUGACAAACCCUAUUGCCAUAAUUGUUUCGAAAAGCUUUUCGGUUAAAAGUGUGGUAAAGUGUUCCAUAACUUUUUGGCUUAUAUAGUCUCAUAUAGUAUAAGGGCGAGUAGCAGUUUCUGUAAAAUAAUACUAUAGAAAUUAAAGUUACGUCAAGUCCCAAGGAACAUGACGAGUUCGUUAAAUUCAAUUAUUAUAAUUAACUACUCUUCGAUAACGAAAAUGUGCUACUAUUAUGUCAAUAUAUGUCAAACAUUUCGUACAGAGUGGCCAAUUAAGGGCAGUCGAACCUUAAGAAUGCGAAUUAUUCCUCCUGGCGGUCAUUCUCGAAGUUAAACAAUAAUUUACAGAACUUUCUCUUGGUCGCUGUGGUCAAAAGCAUACAUUUUUUCACCCCAAGUCUUAAAGACAAUUUCUUUUCAAGAGUGGCUUUCUUGAUUGGCCACCCUGUACAUUUUAAUAAACAUAAAUUAAUAUUCACUUACAUUUAUGCAAAUAUAUAAAAUAAACUUCUACCUUGCCGUGAAACAGAUGGCGCGUUGCUAUUUGAAGGAGGAGCUUAAUUAAAUAAAUAGCGAACAUACCAACAAUUAUUGGGUUCAUAUUUAGCGCUUAAUCCAGAUUAAAUUUGGUUUAAAUGAAAUUUUAUUCUUGACAUUUAAUAUUGAUAUUGAAUUUAUGGUUAUUUAGCGGUUUUGUUUUUGAGUGCCGUAUUUGCUUAUUUGCUUUAAUAUGGAAAAUAGUAAAGAAAAAGUAUGAUUUUGGGGUUCAGGUUCCUCUGUUAACUUGUCUACAGUAAAUUAAAAGGUGUUUUAGUGUCCCUCAGAAGUUCGGAUUAAGUCGCCGCUUAGAUGUAUCACAAGUUUUGCACCUUACUUUACAUCAGCUGCAGAGUUACUCUAAAAAUGACGAACAACCCUUCAUACUCAUUUCUUGUCUUACAUAUUUAACCUAACACCUAAAUCUGUGUUAUAAAAACUCGAUAGGCAUACAACAGAUAUGUAAAGCUACUUGCCGAUAUUAUUUAUAUUUGUUAAUUUCUUCCAUUUCUUUUAAUAAUUUUAAUUUUUUUUCUUUCUGGUUGCUAUAAGCUGGCGUUAUUUAUUAGACGGCUAACUAAUUUCAAUACUUUUUUAAACUGUUUUCAUCUCGACCUUACAACAUCCAAUGCUGGCGGUGGGAAUUGAACCAACAACCUUGGGCAGGUCAAACGCCUAAGCAACCAAGGCAUGGUCGGUCCCUAUUUUUAAAUUGAAAACAUUAUCACAUGUAAAAGCAUAACCUUCAAAUAUUACUUGAUGUAACUGAAGUACCUGCUUUUUUGUGCUUACUUGUGCUCCACCACUAAGAUCAUGCAUCCAAUAAUAACGAUUGAAUCCAGAUUAAAUCUAUGUCACAAAACACAAUUCUAAUUCUUAGUCAUGCCCAAUCUGGAUUAAGGCUUUAAUACUGAUUGUUUAUUCCAGGAUUCAACAUCGCAUGGAAAGUCACUCCCAUUUUAAUCCAGAUUAACAGUCCGAUAUAAACAUAGUGUUUCUAACUGCUUCAGUUCCAUAAAAUUUUCGGCGCCGUUGCCAAAUCAACUUACAAUAAUUGGUCUUAAGAAAUAUUUACAUGAAAUGAAAUGAAGCAGAGAAACAAUUUAAAAUUGCCAAUAACUAAAUGUCCUAUCUGAAGCAAGGAUAAAUAAUUGGAAGCUUGUUUCUAAUCUUCACUCCUACUUGCAGAUAAGGAGCGGUAGAGUGCAAGUAAUUUCAGAAUGGGACAGCACGUGGCGAUUGCUACUAUUCGGCUGCGGUCGACAGAUGCCGUUGCCUAGGCAACCGGUCAAUGUCUCAUUGUGCAUUCUCCUUUGUGCGUCUUUAUUUUAUAGGGCUUUGUUGGUUGAUUUUUAAUAUUUUGUAAUUGAUUAUAUAUCAAAGCAACUUGCACAAAUAUGGCUCGAAAAAAAAUUGAUAUAAAACACAAAAGCACCGCCACUGGCCCUCGCCGCAAGUGAUCGAGUGGUUUCGGGUUCACAGACGAUCACGUGAUAGCAUCCCAUUCCGAAAUUACGUUUACAAUAAGGUCUUCCGUGAGCUUUAUUAAGACUGUGGUGUUGGGUUGGUCUUAUUUCGCUAUUGCUAGUAAAGACACAAUUCCUAAAUUUGUUUUGGGUUGGUUUUAUACAGCUUUUAGAAAAUAUAGUAGAUGUACUACGAGAAAAAUUAAUGCGCGACAGGCGCAAUUGAUAUUUUUGUAGAAAAGGACGCAUUUGGUUAAACACAAAAUUUUAAAUCCCGCGCAAAAAUUUUUUCAUUAUAACAACAGCUUUAGAGAGAAAUUUCAAGUAGUCAGUUAUUUAGAUAUUGUUCGACUGUCGAACACUAAUGCAAUAUUGGGAGAACAUAUUUUCGAACAAAAUAUGAAUAAAUCGGUUUAACUUUGAAAUACUGUCUGUGACGUUUUGGUAUGCGGAGAAAAAAUUGUAAAUAUCAACGAAAAUGAAAAGUACCUUACUCUAUGAAAAAAAUUAGAAGCUAAAAAGGAGUUUAAUGUAUAAUUCGACAUUUAAUAUAUUUUAUAUCAAUUAGGUUGAAAUAUCUUAUUACCUGACAUGGUGUACAUAACACUUUCGCAGCGAUAAGAAAUGAAAGACAAGGCUGGUAAAUUAUUGCUUUCAAUUUACUGACUGAGAAUAUUAAAAAUUUCCAACAUUACAACCCUUUCGUUUCAUAUAUUAUUAGCUCAAACAGCAAAUUAUAUCAAUGCAUAUAUUAUAUUAUAUUCAUAUGUUAUAUACUAAAACGUAAAAAAAAUAUUUUAAUUGUAUUGAAAAUUUCUAUGGAGAUUUGUAGAAAAUUUGGCAUACUUGUAUUAUUUUAUGUAACAUUAAAACGCACUGCCUUCAUUUUAAAUUUCGCUCAUAAACUUACGUUUUAUUGUUCUGCAUAAUGUACAUAAUUUUGUAAACACCCUGUACGCGAUAAUUUAAAUUUAAAAUUAUGAAAGUUCAUAACAAAUUUUCGUGAGAGAUGUUUUUUGCAAAAUUUUGCUAGAAGAAUAUUUAUCUCCAGAACAAACCAAGAAAGUUAUAACAUUUGAUGCAUAAAGUUUCAGACUUUUCCAUAGACGAAAAUGUAAUAAUAUACAGGGCAUUACAUUAAAAAAAACACUUUUUAAAGGCCUGAGAACUACGUAAAUAUAUACACAAUUUAUUUAUCCUUUUAUCCAUUACGGAGGUUCAUAAUACUAAGUCAACUAACGCUCGCCCCGUAUGAAUUAAAUUAAAUAUGGUUAUAGAUUUCACGUCAAUUAUAAUUAGCAAGUACAUAGUCUGAAAUCCCAGAAUUUUCAAGGGUAUUGAAUGGCUUUUGAAAAUUUAGUCAGUUCCACACUUUUUCGAUCUUACUAUUUAAAAAUACACUAAUGAAAUGAAAGUAUAUGAGCAACCAAUGGUGAAAAAAAAAAACUAAACAAUAACGAAACUUUGUCUUCUAUAGUCACAUUGAUAGAAUAGACAUCAACAAAGUUGAAAACUGCACCUACUUUACAAUGGCCAAGUUUAUGAUGCCAACCAAAAAUUUGUAAACAGGUCUUUCCUUUUAUUCAGAUCCUAUUUCUUAAUAUUUGAAUUAGCUCAUAGAAAUAAGCACACUCCAAUGUUAUUUGAUGUUAAGCAAGCAGCUUUUUUAA